AUGCGUCCUACAUCUCUGUAUUCGAUACAAGCAGAUCCAUAUCGCAACAGACGAGCCUCUACAAAAGAGAACUCGCCUACAACACCACAAUCGACGACACGGCUUAUUUUCCAGCCAGAACCAGGAAGACAAAACUCGUAUCUACCAUACUCGAAUCAUGCGCCAGACUUUGUGCAAUCAAGAGCCGAGCUCUAUGUCGAAGAAGACGAUACAGCAACCAUUGCAUCGUCCAGCCAUCCCGUUGACAUGAUCAACGGAGAGCAUGUGAGCCAUAUCCCUCACUUACAUCACAGUCAAUCCACCUCUUCACCGCACAUCUCCCUCGCAGACAAAUUUCGAUACAAAAAGAAGCCCACCACACAUAGAAUUUGGAUCAUCCUCUUUAGCUGCUUGGGAACGCUGGGUGUGUUGGGAUUGAUCAUCUACUUUUGCUGGCCACGACUACCGCAACUAGCCUUCAAGAGCGAAAAGGCAGAGCGCAUUGGUGAACCUGCAGAUUGGGGACCCAACCAACAGCCUUGGUUGCGAGUAGCUUGGAGGCUGAAUGUGACAUUAGAUAAUCAAGCUAAUUUCGUGCCCACUCGAGUGAAGGAUAUCGAGUUCAUUCUAAUGGAUCGAGAUACACACCAGCCAUUUGCGUGGUCUCGUACAGGGCCGUUGCAUCUCGCACCACACAAGGAAUCACUAGCGAUGCUAGUCUUCCGUGUGGACUAUGAGCCUCCCAAUGUGAAUGAUACCACGUUCAAGAACCUGUACAAUGCAUGUGGGCCCCAGAUGCCAACAGAGCCACCCGCAUUAAAUGUGACAAUGCAGGCAGGUAGACAUGAGUAG